AUGAUGGUCCUCGGCAUCAUGGUGAUCCUCGUGGUGGUGGGCUACCGCAACAAGAAGUUCGCGAUGGUCCUCGGCAUCAUGGUGAUCCUCGUGGUGGUGGGCUACUCGGACAAGAAGUCAACGAUGGUCCUUGGCAUCAUGGUGAUCCUCGUGGUGGUGGGCUACCGCAACAAGAAGUUCGCGAUGGUCCUCGGCAUCAUGGUGAUCCUCGUGGUGGGCUACCGCAAGAAGAAGUUUGCGAUGGUCUUCGGCAUCAUGGUGAUCCUCGUGGUGGUGGGCUACUCGGACAAGAAGUUCGCGAUGGUCGUCUGCAUCAUGGUGAUUCUCGUGGUGGGUUACCUCAACGAGAAGUUCGCGAUGGUCCUCGGCAUCAUGGUGAUCCUCACGGCCCUCUUCAACAGGAUGCUCAGCUACCAGUAUGCGAUGUUCAUGGUGCGCCUCAAGGUGUUGGAGGAGAAAAACGAUGCAAGUGGUUCACAGAGCCAGGGUGUCUCGAAGAAGAAUCGUUGCUACACUUGUGGAGCUGAAGGAGGAUGGAGCACGAUCGGGCGGAAGUGCAGCGGCAAGGGCAAUGGUGAGGUCAAAGAUGCUCUUCGUGAAGCAGCUCAGGCACCGAAGUCGAUGAUGGGAGCUGCGCCAGCCACCUCGUCCUCGACUACCACAUCCUUGGAGAGCUUGCAAAAGCAGCUGGAUGAGCUGAGAUUGAAGGCUUUGAGGGUGUCCGAGGAGUCAGCUGUGAUGAAGAAGAAUCAGCGAGUUCCUUUGGACGAGAGAGUGAAUGGUGAAUCUAUCCCGACGUUGAUUGAUUCCGGAGCUACUCAUAUACUUCGGCAACCUCGCGAUGAGAAUGAGCUGGCCUCGGCGACGAAGGUGAUGGUCACCUUGGCGAAUGAUGAGAAGCGCAACCUCUUGCAGGCUGAGUCCGGAGCUAUCUUGUCUACCUCGCCGGAUACGCAGCCGAUUUUACCAAUGGCAGAGCUUGUGAGAGCAGGAUGCGAAGUAACUUGGAAACGAGGGAUGUUCAGAGUUGUUCAUCCCGUUUGGGGCGAGCUGAAGACCUCUUUGAAAGGGGGGUGUCCCGAGUUGGCUCAGGAACAGGCCGCGAAGCUGGUGAGUGAGAUCGAGGAGCGCAAGCUGUCUGAGUUCAAGGAGGGCAUCUCGUUGCUGAUGGCGAAGUUGGAUUAUUUGGUUCGCGAGGAGAAGCUUCCUUGGACGAGCUACGUGAGGAAGUACCUGGGUGGUGGCCUGGCAAAGGACCUGUGGAAGGCUAUGCAGGGAUCGUUCAUGAAGGAGCUUCCCGACUCAAUGUUGGACCCUCUGUGUCAGGGUGUUAACCUAGAUGAAGGCUGGGAACACUUGAAGGCUGAAGGCUUUUCCGCUUCCUCAACGACUUCGUAA